AUGUCUUGGAGCAACCACAGCGAGGAGGAUGACUUCGACGAGCGCUGGACGCACCAGAAGAAGCGGGAGUGGCUGAAGAGUCUCCUCCUGCACCGUCAGAAGGAGUGCCUGCUCAAGCAAUAUAUCGAGGCGGCGGCAAAUGACACGCACGAAGGCUGGUGCCCCCGGGUAUGGGAUCAGAUGCUGUGUUGGGCACCCACACCCCGCAACACCACGGUCUUUCUCUUAUGCCCUCCCUUCGUCCCAGGACUCAAUGCUGAAAGAUUUUUAUAA